AUGAUGCGUAUUGUUCUGUUGUGGCUGUUGUUCAAGAAUACGGGUGCAUUCCUAGGCAAUACACUGCCGUUGCACCUCUUCGCUGUCGAGAAGAACUCCACUAAUUAUGACAUUGUUCGUCGCGUGCCACCAUAUUUCUCCUACAAGCUGGAACGAAUUUAUCGCGUCGGCGCUGGCGGAAGUGUGAACCUCACAUGUGUCGCUGUCGGAUUUCCCAUGCCACGAGUGUUCUGGAAAAAGAGCGAUGAUGUCUUUAUGGCAACGCUUUCGGGGUUGCAAAGAUGA